AUGGAGUCUUCCAGCCCUCUUUUUAUUCACUCUUCUGAUCACCCAGGCCUUCUGUUAGUUUCCAAGAAGCUUAAUGGUAACAAUUAUGCAACCUGGCAACGUUCCAUGGUUAUUGCCCUCACUGCCAAGAACAAGAUUGGCUUCGUUGACGGCUCCAUCGAACGACCAUCAUCUACCAAGAAGUCCGAUGAUUACACUCUUUGGGACCGUUGUGACAAGAUGGUUCUUUCCUGGCUAUUAAAUUCAGUUGACUCUGACUUGGCAGAUAGCGUGGUUUACGCAGCAACCGCAAGAGAAAUUUGGCAAGAUUUUGAAGACAGAUUUUCCCAAGGCAACGCUCCAAGAAUUUUUCAGAUCCAAAAGAUGAUUGUUUUUCACACUCAAGGAACCAUGUCGGUAUCCUUAUAUUACACCAAACUCAAGGCUUUAUGGGACAAGCUUGUUUCUUAUAAUCUUUCUCCUACUUGUUCUUGCGGUGUGCGUGGUCAAAUUCUACUUAUGAAUCCUCUCCCAAGUGUCUGCAAAGCAUAUUCUUUGAUUACUCAAGAAGAGAAACAAAGAGAAAUUGGCUCAUCCACAACUGAAUACUUCUCCAUUGCUGCAGCCGUCCGAAAUACCAAAAGUAAUAAUUUUUCUCAAAAUCGAUCUCGCAGACAUGACGCCAACGGCAAUCCUCUCCAUUGUAGUUACUGCGAUCGCGACUACCAUACUGUUGAAACCUGUCACACGUUGCACGGGUACCCACCCAGGCACAAACUUCAUCGUGGUGACAGAAAAGCUACUUCUUCGACUGGCAGUAACUCUGGCAGCAACCGUAUCUCUGGGUGCAACUAUGGUGGUAAUUCUAGUACGCGACAAACACCAACAGCCCAUCAAGUGGACGCCAAUUCCUCUUCAGUGCAAUAG